CUGGGUGGUGGUGGAAACAAUGAAUUUUCUGAAGGCUUUUGACCUUUUACUUUGAAAAGAAAUCAAUUCGGUGCCGUCAUCUUGGUUCUAAUGCCAGUACCAAUUAUGUGUAUAUAAACCGAAGAAAAGAGAUAGUUUCGAAAAAAAAAACAAAAAUCGAGGAAUAGAGAUAAUUUCUUCUGCCGACUAUAAUUUUCCUCUACCUUUUGUGUCAUAUAUUCCAUCUUUUGUUCUCUGUUUCCUUCUUUUCUCCAUGGAUUCGUCCCGUGUUGUAUUUCUAUUCAUAUUCUGACACCCAAACAGCCACAUAUCAUAAACUGUAUCUUAGUGUGUUUUCCCAUCUGGUCUUUUCUGUCUGCAAUAUUCUGAAACUCUAAUCGGAAUCACAUCUGCAACAAUGUUAUUAUUCUAGUAUUAAAUUGGAGCCUAGUCUCUACCUUGUCCAUCCACUGAUGAUCAUGAUUUCAAGAAUUGGAGGCAGAUUAACUCUCAGGUUAUGUCCUACAUUCAAGCAACAAUUUCAACAGACGUCCUUCAACUAAUUAUAUCACUACCUCAGUUGCCUCUCAACAAGUUCUUACAGCUACUAACAUCAUUCCAGUCUCAUAUUCAUACCAUUCAAUUCAGUCACAACAGGCACCAAUCGUAAAUAAAAAAUUGAUAUUGAAGAAAGGAACAUUAUUGAACAAACAAAUAAAGAGGAGCCUCAGAUUUGCAGACGAACAUCAAGGCUAAGAACGCCAUUCAGUCCCAAAAGAUGGUAUUUUAGAAUAGUUAUCCUCACAGGCAAUUAUUCUAAAAACUGGAAAAUAAUGCAGUAGUUUAUAAAUAAUGUAUGUCUCAUGGCCAGUCCCAAGAAGUAAAGGCAGCGACGCUGCUCCACAAGGCAAUGGAAUAUGAGACCAAUCAUCAACAGAGGAGCUCCCAGAGGGAGGACCAUCAACGUCCUUGAGCAUCAAUAUGUGACGUUUAGCUCUGGAGAUACAAACAUAACAUGUUUGCCCCAAAUAUUGAUUAAGGAUUGGAUCAUGAAUCCGCCGUCGCGUUGGAUGUACAGAACAAAAACAAAUAGAACAGAAAAUUCAAAACUACAUACAAUGGUUUCCCUCAAAGGCAGACAUAUAUCAUCAUUAAAUAUAUAUCCGAUUAUACGUGCAAUUAAAAAUACAUAACUAACAUUUAAAACUUAUGAAAUUGAAUCCAUAAAACACAAUUAAAAGAACGAGAACAAUGUAAUUCCUUUUUGUGCAUUAGAGAGAAUCCCAUUAGACAAAUCAUCACUCUCCAAUGAGAUCUGAUGUCCCUGUCUUGCUUUAUCGUCACUU